UCUCUCCCUUAUAAGUCAUUGUAGUCGCAGCGGCUCCGAAUCAGAACUCUUCACCUCAUUGGCUCUGUCCCAUUCCACAAUUACGCUUCCUCCUCCUCCUCCUCCGCCUCCCCUCUCUCCUCCGCUUUCUCUCUCAUCCGGCCGCCCGCUCUCUUCUUUCUCUCUCUAAUAUCUUGAUUGAUUAAUUCGCGCGUCCGACUGCUAAUCAUUCGUAAUUUCCGAUCUCUUUCUCCGCAAUUCUUUUGAAUCCGUCAGCUCGAGCGGGCGGCCGGUCGGCCAAUUUUCGCACUAAAUCUUCGCGUAAUUCUGUCUUCCCGGGAAAGCAAUGGACCGGCAGCGGAGGAGCGGCGGCGGCGGCGGCGGGAGCAGAUUAGGCGGGAGGGCGAAGGGGAAGGCGGUGGGCUCCGAGAGAUCGCCGACGCCGGUUUUUGAUGAGGCGUCGGCGCCGUCUCCUCGUCCUCUUAAGAAGAUACGGAGCCCGGAACGCUCCCUCCGCUCAUCUGCUUCUUUUUCUGAUGACUCUGCUGCUGCUGCUUAUUCUUCUUCUUCUUCUCCUUCUUCUGUUUCUUCCGCUUCGUCCUCUGUUUCGAAUUUGAUGAAUUCUCCGUCUUUUCGCCCCAUUUUCCCCUUCGCGUGCGAGGCUUCUCAUCAUCAUCACCACCCCCUCCUCCCUCUCUUCCAAACAACACCGCCGUUGCCGCAGCAAAUGAUAUCGUUCUCGCACAACCCGAUGUACCCGACCGGCGCCGCGUCUUAUCCCCCUUAUUUAUUUUCGGGGAACGCCGCAUCGACGAUUACAACGACAACGGCGACUACGACGACGACGACGACGACGACGGCAAUUCAGCAGCAGCAGCAGCAGCAGCAGCAGCAGCAGCAGCUGAUGCUGCUUAGAUACUGGAGUGAGGCGCUCAACCUCAGCCCUCGCGGGGGCGGCGGCCACGUGGCGAUGAUGAGCCGAUUGGCGGGAGGGGCCCUGCCGCCGAUGUACGCGUCGGGGCUUUUUCGGCCCCCGAUGCUCCCCGGCGUGCCGGCGCCGGCCAAUAAGCUGUACCGCGGGGUGCGGCAGCGGCACUGGGGGAAGUGGGUGGCGGAGAUACGCCUGCCGCGCAACCGCACCCGCCUGUGGCUGGGCACGUUCGACACCGCGGAGGACGCCGCGCUCGCUUACGACCGCGAGGCGUUCAAGCUCCGCGGCGAGAACGCCCGGCUCAAUUUUCCGGAGCUCUUUCUCGGGAAGAGCGGCCGUUGCGAUGCCGACGGUGCAGCGUCGUCUUCCGUCGAGAAAAUUCAGGAGCCGCCGCCGCCGACGGAGUCCGAACCGAUGGAUUCUGCGGAGGAGACGGCUGCGGCUGAGACAGAGGAGAGCCUGAGCAAGGAGGAGGAAUCUCCGCCGUCAGAGGCAAUAGCGGCGGAGGAGGCGGUGCACGACGGCGGAGGGGAAUUGGUGUGGGGGGAGGCGGAGGAGGCGUGGUUCAGCGCGUGGGGGCCGGGGAGCUCCGUGUGGGACGACGUCGACGGCGCCAAUAGCCUCUUCCUCCAGUCGCAGCUCGCGACGUCGGGGGCUGCGAAUUCGGAGAUGGAGCGUUCGUUCCCGACGGCGUUACCGCCCGCGGCAGUGGCCACAGCAGCUUGUCCGGACGUGACCGCAACCGCAACCACCGCAUCCGAUCCUUCGUCUCACCCAGCUCCUUCCAUGUUCAUGUGGAAGGACUAAUUGAUGAUCACCAAUCUCUCUCUCUCUCUCUCUCCCCUUAAAUUUAGAACAGGGGAGGUCACUGGUUGCAGAUUUUGAGACAACCAGUUGAUCUUAACCAAUCCUCUCUUUCUGGAGUGAGUACUGCUUUGAGUAUAUUCGAAGGUCUUCUCAAAAAUCGCUGAUGUGCUAAUAUAUAUAUGCAUCAAGAGCUUUAUUCAAGAUGCCAUAUAUGUUCUCUAGCACAGCAGCGGCGCCAAAAGAGAGCGCUGCAGGGUUACCCAACGCAUUACUCUUCUUUCACGGGGGGAUAUCCUUUUUGGCCUCACAUUUUUUCGCGGCCAAAUUUGGAUCAUCCCUCCUUUCCUCAAUCCUUUAGCUUUAGUUUCCGAGAUCAUUAUCUUUAGUUUCUCUUCAUUUCAUAGCUCAAGUCUUUGGAUGAUGAAAUUGUUAGUUUCUUUUUCUUUUUCUUUUUCUUUUCUUUGGAUGUUAGAAAAGAAGUCAUGUUUAUGGUGAUGGUGGGGAUAGGUUUUGAGGAGGAGAGGGUUUUAUGUUCUCCUCUUCUGAUUCUACUUGUGCGUGUGGUCUUAUGUCUUGUGUUUUUUUGAGAAAUAGUCAUUAUGUAUUGCUUGUGUUCAAUAGUCAUUAUGUAUUGCUUGCAAAAUUUCAGGUGACAAUAUUGAAUUUGUGUUGUUUA